AUGUCAGACGUCGAGCAGUCAGCCGACUCAACACGCCCGGCCCAUGGUGACCGACUCUCUGAAAGACCGACGGGCUCCAGUGACGACGACAUCGAAGAGCUUGGGAGGAAGAGGCCUGCAGUCUUCAAGAAUGUUUUCAUGGAGCUUGGCUUCUGCAUCUCUAUUCUCGCAUCCAACCUAGUCUCUGAAUUCCUGAUCAGCGGAAUGAGUGUCCUUCUGCCGAGUCUUGUCCGAGAAUUACACAUACCCUCCGAAAGCCAGACAUGGCCGGCCAGCGUCUUCACCCUUGUGGCUGGUGCCUUCUUGCUACCCUUUGGCCGGCUGUGCGACAUGUACGGCGCGAGUAUUGUGUUUCUGACGAGUAUCGCUUGGCUUACCAUCUGGACCCUGGUAGGAGGAUUCAGCUCCAACCUGACCAUGCUUCUCGUUACCCGGGCCCUUCAGGGGCUGGGAUCCGCCGCGAAUCUCCCAGCCGGCCUGGCGCUCCUGAGUAACGUUUAUCGUCCAGGUCCUCGAAAGAACUUUGUUUUCAGUCUCUACGGUGGCUGUGCACCAUUUGGCUUUUUCACGGGGAUCCUCGUUGCUGGCUUGAGCGGUCAGGUCAUCCACUGGGGAUGGUUCUUCUGGAUCGUCAGCAUGUCGCUGGGUGCCACGGGCUUCGUGUCAUUCUUUUGUAUCCCUCGCGACGUGCAUCCUCGCCAAGGGUCAAUGGACUGGUGGGGUUGCGCCACCAGCAUCCCGGGUAUCUUCCUGCUGGUCUAUGCCAUCACUGAAAGCUCGCAUGUACGAGGUGGCUGGGGCUCGCCACAGAUUAUUGUUACAUUCGUCCUCGGCGCCCUAUUAUUGGCAGGGUUCGUCUAUGUCGAGAAUAGACGAGCUACGCAUCCACUCUUGCCUGCAAGCAUAUUUGCCCCAAAGCACAUGGUUCCACUGUUUCUGUACUUGUUCCUCGUGUAUGGCUGCUUUGGAAUCUAUCUCUUCUAUGCAAGCUUCUACAUUGAGACAGUGCUCAAGGUCCCCUCCUUCCUUGCUGCCCUGUGGUUUGCCCCCUUGGCCGCUGGGGGGAUCCUCAUCGCUCUAGUAGGGGGUAUGACGCUCCAUCGUCUUUCUGGGACACUGCUAUUGCUGUUGUCAGGCAGCGGAUUCCUGGUCUGCGUGCUUUUAUUUGCCGUCAUGCCAGAGCAGCCCAGCUAUUGGGCAUGGGUAUUUCCAGCCAUGGUUUGCACUACGCUCGGAAUCGACAUCUCGUACAACGUCAGCAGCAUUUUCAUCACCACGAAUGUAGCCAAGCAUGAGCAGGGUCUUGCGGGGGCGUGUGUCAAUGGCCUCGUGUUUCUGGGUAUUGCCUUCUUCCUCGGAUGGGCGGAUCUAGCGGUGUCCAAGACUGCCUAUUUGGGGGUCAGAGGCAGCUAUAAGACAGCAUUUUUCCUCGGCGCUGGCUGUGCUGGUGUGGCCAUUGUACUGGUCGCCUUGGGUAUUAGGGUUGAGAAGGCUAAAAGUAGCCUCACCGUAGAUGAGAAGGAGGGUCUGCGUGACGGGACCCUUGCGGGCGACUCCGGCUUGCAGGCUGAUAGUCGGGUGGCGGAAAGAAAAUAA